UUGCUCCUAUAUUUUUUUGUCCUUUCUUUCUAUGUUCUUCUUUAUAUAUAACACAUUAGAUAAAUAUCAAUAUAUAUAAUUAACAAGGAAGUAAUAAUAAAGUAGUAGUAGAAGCAAAAUCUAAGUGAAAUCCUAAUUAAGUAGAGAAGAAGCAAAAUCCAAGUGAAAUCCUAAUUAAGUAGAGAAGAAGCUAAGGCUGAAGAAUUAAUGGGGCAUCAUACAUGCUGCAACAAGCAGAAGGUGAAAAGAGGUUUAUGGUCUCCUGAAGAAGAUGAGAAGCUCAUCAACUACAUUACCACAUAUGGCCAUGGCUGCUGGAGUUCUGUCCCUACACUUGCUGGAUUGCAGAGGUGUGGAAAGAGUUGCAGAUUAAGAUGGAUAAAUUAUUUGAGACCAGACUUAAAACGUGGGAGCUUCUCUCCUCAGGAAGCUGCUCUAAUCAUUGAUCUCCACAGAAUUCUAGGAAACAGAUGGUCUCAAAUAGCUAAGUUCCUACCAGGAAGAACAGACAAUGAAGUGAAGAAUUUUUGGAAUUCAAGCAUUAAGAAAAAGCUUCUCUCUCACAUUGGUGUCGGGGUAUCGACUACUACCUCCAAUACUAUCUCCAAUGAUCUCCACCUUAAUUAUCUUCCUACUAUCACUUCAUCAAAUAAUUUCUUAAGUCAUGAUCAUGAUAUUCGAGGAAUAACCACCUUUUCUCCCUCACUUAAUAAUUCCAUUAUUAGCACUAAUAUGAUCCUCACAUCCCAACAAGGCCAUAAUCAUGAUCACCAAAUCUCUAAUGUUAAUCAUCUUAAUCCAACGACUCCCGCUAUACAAACCUUUGAUCAUCUUAAUGAGAUGAUUCUUAAUGAUUUCACCCCUCACAAUAAUUUAGAUAAUUUGAUUCCACCCAUUACUACUUAUGAUCAAUUAUUAUCAUCAUCAGCAAGGUUUCAACAUUUGCUUAAUGAAGUUGGGAUUAAUGAUCAUCAUGUAAAUGAUCACCCAUUUUCAUGUCCACGAUCAUCAGUUUAUCCAACAUCCAAUGAUGAUGAUCAGGCAUUUAUGAGGAGGAUGAAGUUAACAAAGAUGAUGUUGAUGCUAGGAGAUCCAAUCAUGCCGGAAUUAGAAACUAUGGGAUCAUUAGAGGAGGGAGAGGUUUGUAAUACCAUACCAUCCUCAUCAACAUUCCAUCAUGAUAGCUACAAUGAUGUUUCUAAGGCACUUAUUUUGUCAUCAUGUAUGUCAAGCAACCAAUUGAUGGAGUGCUAUGAUAUGCAUGAUAAUCAUGUCAUCAUACCAUCAGUACUACCAUCAUCCUCGUCAUCGCCACCACAACCACGGUCGUUAUCACUAGGAGUAGCAGCAGCAGCAGCAACAACAACAGCAAUAACAACAGCCUUGCCGUGUAUGUGGUGGCAGCCAAGUUCUACUAAACCCUAGCAUCAUCCCUAGCUAGUACUAGCUGCUGGAAUGCCUGAUUAAUUGAUUAUGGUAAAUUUAGGCUUUUUUACAUAUAUUUCUUUGUCCUCUAUGUAUGUAAAUGUGGUGAUUCAAUUAUAUGAAUAAAUCAUCUUCAUAUACACAAUAUGUUAUUGAAUAUAUUAUAUAUACAAUGUAACCUAAACAUCUCUAGUUCAGGGUCUUAAGGAAGACAUUUAUUUUGCUUAGCCUGCUGAUAGCUAUAGGAUAUGAAUUCACAUG